AUGGUAAGGUUUAAUGGACAGGUCACAUAUCCAAACAUGAUGGAAUUUUUCGAGAGGCUUGGAGUGGAUAUGGAACUCUCCGACAUGUCCUUUGCCGUGAGCUUGGACAAAGGACAAGGAUGCGAAUGGGGUAGCCGAAAUGGACUAUCAAGUUUGUUUGCGCAAAAGAAGAAUGCUCUAAAUCCAUAUUUUUGGAAAAUGAUUAAAGAGAUCGUCAAAUUUAAGGAUGACGUGUUAAAUUACCUUGAAGAGCUUGACGGUAAUCUAGACAUUGACCGGAAUGAAACAUUAGGCCAUUUCAUUCAGUCGCGUGGCUAUUCUGAAUUAUUUCAGAAGGCCUAUCUUAUACCGAUAUGUGGUUCAAUCUGGUCAUGCUCUUCGGAGGGAGUAAUGAGCUUCUCUGCAUAUUCCAUACUUUCAUUUUGCCGAAAUCACCAUCUUCUACAGGUUUAUUUACUAGAAGAAGGGAUUAUCUUAGGUUGUACUGUAAGUUGCAAGGAUGGCUCAGAAGACAAAUAUAACGAGUGCAUUAUUGCUGCUCAUGCCCCUGACGCUUUAAAGAUGUUAGGAAAGCAGGCAACAUUUGACGAAUUACGUAUACUUGGAGCAUUUCAAUACGCCUAUAGUGAUAUUUACCUCCACCGUGACAAAAAAUUCAUGCCCAAAAACACGGCUGCAUGGAGCGCAUGGAAUUUUCUCGGGACUAUUAAUAGCAAAGUUUGCGUCACUUAUUGGCUCAACAUUCUCCAGAACAUAAGCGAGAAAGGGCUUCCUUUUCUAGUGACACUUAAUCCGCCUUCGAAACCCGAACACUCUUUGCUCAAGUGGUCGACCGGCCACCCGAUUCCAUCAGUGGCCGCAACUAAAGCUUCACAACAGCUAAAUAUGAUCCAAGGAAAGAGGAAAAUAUGGUUCUGUGGAGCAUAUCAAGGCUAUGGCUUUCAUGAAGAUGGCCUAAAGGCAGGCAUGCUCGUUGCUAAUAGCGUGCUUCGAAAAAGUUGUACACUAAUGUACAACCCAAAGCACAUGGUACCUUCGUGGCUCGAGACAGGGGCACGUACACUUGUCACUAGGUUUCUCGAGCGUUUUAUAGAAACCGGCUCCAUAACUUUGCUAGAAAGCGGAGGUACAAUGUAUGUAUUUGAAGGAACGAGAAGAGCGAGCCCUUUGAAAGUCUACUUGAGAAUUCAUUCUCCACAGUUUUAUUGGAAGGUAGCAACUGAAGCAGAUUUAGGUCUGGCUGAUGCUUAUAUUAAUGGGGAUUUCUCUUUUGUUGACAAGAAUGAAGGUCUUCUCAACCUCUUCAUGAUAUUUAUUGGCAACAGAGAUUUAAGCAUUUCUACCUCAAACUUAAACAACAAAAGAGGAUGGUGGACACCAUUGCUUUUCACUUCUGCAUUAGCAUCCGCAAAGUACUUCUUUCAACAUUUGUCGAGAAAAAACACACUAACUCAGGCACGACGUAACAUUUCAAGGCAUUAUGAUCUAGAAAGCGUUAUCUCCUGUCAGUUGGCAAGAGUGAGUAAAAAAGAUCACGUUUUGGAGAUAGGUUGUGGUUGGGGUACUUUAGCAAUUGAAGUUGUUAAGCGAACUGGAUGCAAAUAUACUGGCAUCACUUUAUCAGAAGAGCAGCUAAAAUAUGCUGAAAUUAAAGUAAAGGAAGUUGGUCUACAGGACCAUAUAAAGUUCCAUCUUUGUGACUAUCGCCAGCUGCCCAAAAUUGAGAAAUAUGACCGGAUAAUAUCUUGUGAGAUGUUAGAAGCUGUAGGUCAUGAAUAUAUGGAAGACUUCUUUAGGUGCUGCGAGUCUGUGUUAGCAGAAGACGGCCUCCUUGUUCUUCAGUUUAUAUCGAUACCAGAUGAGAGGUAUGAGGAGUACAGACGCAGUUCGGACUUCAUUAAAGAAUAUAUAUUCCCAGGUGGAUGUUUACCUUCACUUAGCCGAGUAACAUCAGCCAUGGCUGCAGCAUCAAGACUAUGUGUGGAGCACCUUGAAGACAUAGGAAUCCAUUAUUACCAAACACUCAGAUGUUGGCGGGAAAACUUCCUCGCAAAGCAAAGAGAAAUCCUGGAGCUUGGGUUCGAUGAGAAGUUCAUAAGGACAUGGGAGUACUAUUUCGACUAUUGUGCCGCUGGCUUCAAAACUUGUACUCUUGGAAACUAUCAGGCAUGCCCUGCUACUUUAUCUUCUCUGAAAAAUUGA